AUGGCGACGAUGGAUCUCAUCAAACUUCAUGGUGGCGAGCCGGCGAAUUUUCUCGAUGUUGGUGGCGCCGUCACUGAGGAUGCCGUCUUCAACGCGGUUCGAAUUAUCACGUCCGAUUCGAAGGUGAAAUGUGUUCUUGUCAACAUUUUUGGAGGAAUUGUGAACUGCGCGACAAUCGCGAAUGGUGUGGUGAAUGCGGCGAGAAAAAUUGGGCUCAAAGUGCCAUUGGUUGUUCGACUUGAAGGCACCAACGUCGACGCGGCCAAAUUGAUAAUGAAGAAGUCGGGACUUCCGAUUCUCACCGCCAACAAUCUUGACGAUGCGGCGAAAAAAGCGGUCGCUGCGUUGUCGCCUUAA